AUGGAACAGUACAACAAGCAGGCCUCAGAGUUCAUCUUCAGGGAGAACAACGCCGAAGGUCGCGUUGCUGCGGACACCAUAGAUUUGCAUGGCCAGUUCGUUGAAGAAGCAGAGGAUAUUCUGGAAGAGCGUAUUAAAUAUGCCAGACAGCAUGGACAGGACCAUCUUCAUGUGAUCGUCGGCAAAGGAAACCAUUCCGUGAACCACGUUCAGAAGAUUAAACCUCGCGUUGAACAAGUCUGCCGAGAUCUUGGCCUUCAGUAUGCCACUGAAGAGAAUGCGGGACGGAUAUAUGUCAAUCUCACCGGCGGCCCUGCCAACAUGCCUCCCCAUUCGUCACAUCCGAACCAGGGCCACAACCAGCCUCACCACGGUCAACCUCAGCACGGCCAGCCGCAACAUGGUCAACCACACCACGGUCAACCACAUGGCCAGCCUCAUCACCAGCAAGGGCAUCAGCAGGAAACCCCUGCUGAGAAAAUUGCUCGGAAGGCUGUGCCAAUCAUUCUCAGGAAGCUGGAGAAGGCUUGCUGUAUUGUUAUGUAG